UCUUCGUGAGAAAAAAAUUCAAAAGGAAAGAACAUAGCUUAGUCAAUUCAGUUGAUUCUCCCCUGGAACAAUUCAUUAAAGUGAUGUAAAUAGUUUUUUCUAGGACAUCUUGUUUACAUCAGUGUUGACAUAAAAAGAAGGAUCGAAUAAUCUCGACUUUUCGAGUAUAAUUAAGCAUAUUUAAAGGUAUUUAAUGAGCUAGACAAGUAAAGAAUUAGUUGUGCGAAGCAUGUAUGAUCAAGACAAUUUGGAUAACAAGAAACCGAUUGCGUUUCCUCUCUUUAAAUCUCAAGCUAAUACUCCUUAUAACUGGAAUAGUGAUAAUAUGCCAUGGAAAUCGUCUAGUGCUAACAACAUAAUGAUGUUUAAUGGGAUCCCAAUCAGUCAGUGCGAUGAAUUUCCGACAUCCAGUAGAACAAUUAGGAAGAGAAAAACAGACAUACCCGAAUGCUGUCCAACUAAGCAGCAUAUCAGUGAGAGUAAGAUGGCAGCAUUUUUAAAUGGUCUUCAUAUAUCGGAUGACUAUCAAUCGCACAGCAUUAAUCUAGCAGAAAGCUUAUUUGAUGAUGAUAUGGAAACAGCUUUUGUGAAUCUGUCACCUCAGGAAUUAGAGGAACGACUAAAAAAUGCUCAAAAAAUUGUACUCUGUGAUGAUGUGAAGAAAAGUCUUGAAGAGAAUAGUAGAAAUGAAAUUUAUCAAGUUCUAGCCGAUAGAAUUGAAAAGCCAUGUAAAGCAUUAAUCCUAUGGCAGCCUCCAAAGCCACUCGAAACAUUAAUAACUGAUUUUAAUAGUUACAAGACAAAUAAUAAUGAUAAUAAGGAAGAACAAGAAGAAGGGGAUGUAAAGGAUGAUGAUAAAAUGAUAUUGGAAUAAAUAUUUUUAACGCUCUUUUAAAAUUCAAAUA